AUGAGAUCUUCUACUCAAGCAGUUGUUGAAGGAGGAUAUACUAUGUAAAUUUAAGGUCAUCGAGGAGGGUUUAAGCCUGACAAUAUUUUACCAACCUUUCAAAAGUCUCUAGAUAACAAUUUAGAAGCUAUUGAACUAGAUGUUUGGUUGACAAAAGAUGGAUUAAUUGUAGUUUGUCAUGGUGGAGAUGAUGGAAAUCUUAAGGAUUAUGGCCUACCAGAAGAGUUCAUUUACGAAUGGACUUAUGAGAGAUUAAAAACAUUAGAUGCUGGAGAAGGCGCUUACUUACCUCUGUUAGAAGAGGUUUUCCAAUUAUUUGAAGGAAAGAUAUUUAUUAACAUUGAAGUCAAAGGACCCAGAACCGAAUCACUUAAACCUAAAUAUGAUUGUGAUAAAGUAGUUGCUGAAGUUCUUGGCUUAGUAGAUAAAUAUGAAAUGCAUUAAAAAUUCUUAAUCUCCUCCUUCAACUAUGAUGUUUUAGCUUCAGCUGAAAAGGCUAGAGAAGCAAGAAAAGAGACUAAUCCUCAUUUCGACAUCAUUUAUCUGUACAACUAUGAAAAUCAGCCCCUUCCAUCUCCAGAUGAAUACCUUGCCAGGGGGAAUGGAAUUAAUAUUAGUGCAAAUCAUAUAAAUGAUGAGGUAGUAAGCUAAGUAAAAAGUAAGGGUCUAAAGCUAGGAGUAUGGAUAAGGGCAAAAGAUUACACUGAGAGUGAAGAAACCUACUUACAGAUGCUAAAUUAUGGUAUUGAUUUUAUAUGUGCAGAUUUUCCUUUGAAAGCAAUGGCAACUAGGGAGAGAUACUUUCUUAAAGUAGAAUGA